AUGCUCCAGCGACAACAACCAUUCAUGCCGUACCAGCAGCAGGAGUUUCCUGCCAUGGCGGUGGUGGCCAUGAAUAACUACAAUAUUCCUCCCAUGGUCCACCAGCCGUACUACAAUAUUCCUCCGGUGGUCCAGCAGCCGUACUACAAUAUUCCUCCCAUGGUGCAGCAGCCGUACUUCAGGCAAGAAUUCUCCCCUGAUUUCAGGCGAGAAUUCCUCCCUGAUGUGACGAGGCAGCCCCUGAUGGUGCAGCGGCCGUACUCGCCGUACUUCAGGCGAGAAUUCUCCCCUGAUUUCAGGCGAGAAUUCCUCCCUGAUGUGACGAGGCAGCCCCCGACGGGCAUUGACCAUGUGCUCCAGGAGCAGCAGUACAUGGCCAUGACGCACCAUCAACCAUACUUCCCACAGCAGCAGUACAUGGCGCGCCACCAGCCCCACUUCCCUGCUGCACAGGCUUCUAGAGCUCAUGGUCAGGGAUCAAACGGUGCUAAGCGUCGACCACUGAGCAGGACUAUCGAUACGGACAACAUCAAUGUGCGUAUUCGCGAGCCAAGUAAGAAGAGCAGGACUAUCCGCGAGCACGAGCCAUAUCAAAAUAAGACCAUAUAUGAUUAUUUCUGAUAGACAGCAGGAGCAUUGGU